GUGUGUGUGUGUGUGUGUGUCCUACACAUGCUCCAGUGCUCUCACAGCGCCGUCCUCUCCGUCUGCUCCUCCUCGGGUCUCUGCUCACCUCGAUGCAGGUGAGCGAUGGACGAAAGCACCUUUGAGACAUUUGAGGAAGAGCUCGGUAAACCACUGCAAGAAGUUCCUCCUCAGAAACCUUUCAGACAAGUGCGAACAGGAGGCAAAGCAGAGAUGUAUGCUCAGAGGAGGGUGCAAGAGGAAGCUCCAAACGUCCAGCAGGUCCCAAAGAUGAUUCCACGGGAACAUCCGGUCUCCGGCGCCACUGCGUCGUUACGCAAAGCUCUGUCCAUCCAGAAUCUGACGCAGAUCGAGACGCCGUGGGAGGGUGUGACGCUGAACAGAUGUCUGAUCGCGGUCAUAACCAUCCUGCUGCUGAGCUACGGUUUACAAAGAAUACACGAGGCCGUCCGAGGCCGUAAAGACGUUAGUGAAGAGCUCAUAGCACUAAACGACAGACACGCUCUGAUUAAAAGAGGGAAAAUAACACCGCAUGAGCCGGACACUUCCUUAUGGGACACAUUGUUCUGGUGGAUUGAUGAUGAUGAAGGCAAAUCCAAGAGAGUUUCCAGGGGCCUCAGACACAGGGCCCUUCCGGACCUCAGGCUCCUGAAGAAAAGAGACACAAAAUUCAGUGAGCGCAGAAGAAAAGGGAGACGAGAAAUAGAUGAGACUAAAGAGAGACGGACAAAAGAGAAAGAGAUGAAAGUCAAGGAAGUGGAAGAAGAGGAGGAGUACAUAGAGGAGAUGAAGAAACCAAAGAAACCAGCAAAAGAGAGCAAGCACAAACAGGGUGAAACACUUCUCCUUCAGUUAAUGAUAUAAAGGUAUAAUUUGGUGCUUUUUUUUUUUGCUUUGUACAAUCUGUAUCACCAAGUCAUAAGUCAUAAGCACUUUUUUUCACAAACCUCAUAUUCUGUUAGAGGACUUUAAAUAACAU